CGCAGAUGUUCCCAGUGGUGUGUCAGCUGGAAUUAUUUGGACGAGGCGGGUCACAGCAACUUUUGACUUUCACCCGAAAGAGAACCGAGAUUUCACCAAAUAUUUGCAAAUUUCCUGCGCGCAAAUGGCAUCCUCUGAUGUGGUUCGACAGAUGGACAAGAACGCCCGUCCGCUGGCUCUAUCAGGCCAUGUUGGCUUUGACAGUCUGCCAGAUCAGCUGGUGAACAAGUCCACGAGUCAGGGAUUCUGCUUCAACAUCCUCUGCAUUGGCGAAACUGGGAUUGGCAAAUCAACAUUGAUGGACACGCUUUUCAACACCAAUUUUGAGAAUUUCGAGUCUUCUCAUUUUGAACCGAAGGUGAAGUUGCGAGCGCAGACGUACGAUCUUCAGGAGAGUAAUGUCCGUCUGAAGCUCACUGUGGUUAACACCGUCGGCUUUGGCGAUCAGAUGAACAAGCAGGAGAGUUACCAGCACAUAGUGGAUUACAUUGACACACAGUUUGAGUCGUACUUACAAGAGGAGCUGAAGAUUAAGCGCUCUCUUCAUAACUACCACGACUCCCGGAUCCACGCCUGCCUGUACUUCAUCGCUCCCUCGGGACACUCGCUCAAAUCCUUGGAUCUGGUCACGAUGAAGAAGCUGGACAGUAAGGUCAACAUCAUUCCUGUCAUCGCUAAAGCCGACACCAUCUCCAAGAGCGAGUUACACAAGUUCAAGAUCAAGAUCAUGAGCGAGCUGGUCAGCAACGGCGUGCAGAUCUACCAGUUCCCGAUUGACGAUGAAACAGUGGCGAAGAUCAACACAGCGAUGAAUGGUCAUCUUCCGUUUGCUGUUGUUGGCAGUACGGAGGAGGUGAACAUCGGAAACAAAAUGGUGAAGGCGAGGCAGUAUCCCUGGGGAGUCGUGCAGGUGGAGAACGAGAACCACUGCGACUUCGUGAAGCUGCGCGAGAUGUUGAUCUGCGUGAACAUGGAGGAUCUGCGGGAACAGACACACACGCGCCACUACGAGCUUUACAGACGCUGCAAGCUGGAGGAGAUGGGCUUCAAAGACACCGACCCAGAGUGCAAACCCGUCAGUCUUCAGCAGACGUACGAGGCGAAGCGGCAGGAGUUUCUGGGCGAGUUGCAGAGACGAGAGGAAGAAAUGCGGCAGACGUUCGUCCAGAGAGUGAAAGAGAAAGAGGCCGAGCUGAAAGACGCGGAGAGAGAGUUGCAGGGUAAGUUCGAGCAGCUGAAGCGACUGCAUGCGGAUGAGAAGAGCAAGCUGGAGGAGAAGCGCAGGAGUCUGGAGGACGAGAUGAGCGCCUUCAGCAAGCGCAGAGCCGCCACCGAGCUCCUGCAGGCCCAGGCCUUCAACGCCAGCACCAACAACAAGAAGGACAAAGACCGCAAGAACUCUGGAUUCAUGUGAAGAAGACCAUCAUGACCGGCAUGUUGACGCACAUCAGUGUUUUACCAUUUUAUAAAUGUACAUUGAUUCCAGUUGUAUGUUAGUGAUGUAGCGGAUGGAAAUAUCAUGAC